AUGGCGCGCUUUGGCUGCAGGCGCCUACUCAAGUACUUGUGCUCGGCGGCUUUGCUAGGUGUGCUAACACUGUUACUCAAUAACGUCUUCUCGGAACCACAUGACCACACGAGCCCCGAGCCCAAACCCGAGCCCAAAACAGAGCCGGAACCGGGGCCCAAAACCGAGGCAGAACCGGUGCCCAGAUCUUUUCCCGUGCUGGCGAACUGCAACGAGGUAUCCCCGCUGCUAGUCGGACCCUGCCCCCCCAGGCUUGACUUGCCGCCCAGUUUGGAGGAGAUCCAAAAUAAGAGCGCUCCGUUGUCUCCGGGAGGCCUUUACAGUCCGCCAGACUGCCGAGCUCAGCACCGCAGCGCCAUCGUGAUCCCUUACCGGAAUCGGUCAUCCCACCUGCACACUCUUCUUGACCACCUCCAUCCUAUCCUGCAGAGGCAGCAGAUUCAAUACAGGAUCUACGUGGUGGAGCAGUGGGGACAAGGCACCUUCAACAAGGGCAGACUGCUCAACGCGGGCGUGCAGGAAGCUCUCCGAGACGACAACUGGACCUGCAUCAUCCCCCACGACGUGGACCUGCUGCUCGAAGACGACCGCAACACGUACUCCUGCCAGCCGAACAAUCCCACGCACCUGUCAGUGGCCAUCGACAAGUUCAAUUACGUGCUGCCGUACGCAUCGCUUUUGGGCGGAGUGGUGGCAAUUGCGCCGGACCACUUCAAGAGGAUGAAUGGCUACUCCAACAAGUUUUGGGGCUGGGGCGGAGAGGAUGACGAUCUGUCGAACAGAGUGUAUCUGUCCGGAAUGAAGGUGGUGCGCCCCCCGGUGGCCUACGCUCGUUACAAAAUGAUCACGCACAAGCACGACAAAGGCAACGCACCCAACCCCAACAAUGUACAACUCCUAAAAUGGACCAGGAACAACUGGCGCGACGACGGCCUCAACUCCCUAACUUUCAAACUCCUCUCCAAGGAUCUGGAAGCGCUCUACACCAAACUGACGGUAGACGUCGGAGGAGAGAGCCCGACGUAA